AUGGAGAGCUUGGUGUCGUCCCUGAGAGUUCCCUUGGUGGUGUUGUUGUGGCUAGUGUGUUGUGUUGCAGUUCAUGUUGGAGGACACGGAAUUGGAGAGCAGCCGCUGUCCAAGAUCGCCAUCCACAGGGCCCUAUUCGCCCUUCAUGUUAAUGCUUCUAUCAAAGCUGAAACGGUCCUUCUUGGCUGCAAGGGGGAAGAUUCUCAGUGGAUAAAUGUGCAAGUUGAGAGCCCUGGACCUUCUAAAGAUGAUUGGGUUGCCGUAUUUUCUCCAGCAAAGUUCAACUCAUCUACCUGCCCACCUGAUGAUGAACCAAGAGAGCAGGCUCCAUAUAUAUGCUCAGCUCCAAUAAAGUACAAGUUUGUCAAAGAUUCCUCUGCCGAGUAUACAAAGACGGGGAAAGCAUCUUUAAAAUUUCAAUUGAUCAAUCAACGGUCAGAUUUCUCAUUUGCGUUAUUCUCAGGAGGUUUGUCAAAUCCAAAAUUGUUAGCAGUCUCAAACACUAUAAUAGCUUUUGCAAAUCCAAAGGCACCUCUGUAUCCUCGCCUCUCCCAAGGGAGGUCUUGGAAUGAAAUGACAGUAACUUGGACCAGUGGCUAUAAAGCUACGGAGGCUGUACCUUUUGUUUCGUGGGGUCUCGAUGGAGAACCCCAAUCUCAAUCGCCUGCUGGAACAUUGACUUUUAGUCGAAAUUCCAUGUGUGCUCCACCUGCGAAGACAGUUGGAUGGCGUGAUCCUGGUUUCAUCCACACAAGUUUCUUAAAAGAAUUGUGGCCAAACUCACUGUACACUUACAAGCUUGGUCAUAGGUUAAUAAAUGGUUCCUAUAUCUGGAGCAAGUCUUAUUAUUUCAAGUCAUCACCAUAUCCUGGGCAGGACUCAUUACAGCGUGUUGUGAUAUUUGGUGACAUGGGAAAGGCAGAGCGCGAUGGCUCAAAUGAAUAUAGUAAUUAUCAGCCGGGUUCACUCAAUACUACCGACCAACUCAUCAAGGACUUGGAAAACAUUGACAUAGUUUUCCAUAUAGGAGAUAUAUCAUAUGCAAAUGGAUACAUCUCGCAAUGGGACCAAUUCACUUCACAGGUGGAGCCAAUUGCAUCCACUGUCCCAUAUAUGAUUGCAAGUGGUAAUCAUGAGCGUGAUUGGCCAAAUACUGGCUCCUUCUAUAACAAAACGGAUUCAGGUGGAGAAUGUGGUGUGCUUGCCAGCACCAUGUUUUACGUUCCUGCUGAGAACAGAGCCAAGCUUUGGUACUCCACGGAUUAUGGGAUGUUCCGCUUCUGUAUAGCCGAUAGUGAGCAAGACUGGAGGGAGGGAUCAGAACAGUACAGAUUCAUAAAGCGUUGCCUUGCGUCGGUGGACAGACAGAAACAACCUUGGUUGAUCUUUGCUGCCCAUCGUGUCCUUGGGUACUCCUCUGACUAUUAUUACGCCUUGGAAGGCUCAUUUGCAGAGCCCAUGGGAAGGGAAAGCUUGCAAAAGCUUUGGCAGAAGUACAAGGUGGACAUUGCCUUUUAUGGCCACGUCCAUAACUAUGAAAGGACAUGCCCCGUUUACGAGAAUCAGUGCGUGAAUACAGAAAGAUCUCAUUAUUCAGGAACUGUAGAGGGAACAAUCCAUGUUGUUGUUGGAGGGGCAGGAUGCCACUUAUCAAAGUUCAGCCAAGAGACACCCAAAUGGAGUCUUUACAGAGAUUAUGACCAUGGAUUUGUCAAACUGACAGCGUUCAAUCACUCCUCCCUCCUCUUCGAGUACAAGAAAAGCCGCGAUGGCAACGUAUCUGAUUACUUCACCAUAACAAGAGAGUACAAAGAUGUCCUGGCUUGUGUGCAUGAUGGUUGUGAACCCACCACUUCCGCAUCUUAAACUUUACCUUGAAAUUCAAAUUCUUUCAAGGUUACUUGCACCUCAGAUUUGUUGACAGCAAGUAUCUAUUAGACUCUUUGCACAGAUGGCGACCGUGAAAUUUAUUUACACUUUUAUCUUCAAGUCUUCCACCGGAUAAUUUAUUGAUUUGGAUUAGUUUUAUUAGUAAA